AAGUGAAAUUAUGAUCGGAGUAAAAAAUCAUUAUACUAUUAGAUGUGUCAUUUUCGUAAAUAAGCGUCGAUGUCAUAAUAAUCUUCUCUGCAUCUCCUUCUUCUUCCUCCUCUCGCAUCCACCUCUCCUCUUUUCUGCUGCUGCUAUUCUCGGUUAAAGUUGAUGAUUUAUAAAUGGCGAUAUCUUCACUGAGUGCUACUUCUGGACUUUCUGCAGUGUUAUUAUUAUCCCCAGUGAGAUUUGACUUGCCAAGGAGGGGUCCAUUAAAGCAUCAUAACCACGGCGUAGCAGGGCUUGGUAAGGCAUCAUUUGGUUUGCAUCGUGAACAACAGUUAGUGAGGCUUGGCAAGCUGUCAUUAUGUUUGAGUCACAUUCAAAGGUCAACUCCCACAACCAGAGUGCGUUCUGCUUCCGUGGUCUGUUCAGCUGCUUUGAAUGCCAGAUGCGGAGCUGAAGGACAGACUCAAACUGUAGAGAAGCCAACUUCUGUAAUUUCAAAUGCACCAGGUAAAGAGAAAUCACCACUACUUGAUGAUGGAGGAACCGGAUUCCCCCCACGUGAUGAUGACGGUGGUGGUGGCGGCGGAGGUGGUGGAGGUGGUAAUUAUAGCGGUGGGUUCUUCUUUUUUGGGUUUCUAGCAUUCCUUGGAUUCUUGAAAGACAAAGAAAAUGAAGGACCCUAUCAAGAUUCUAGACGAAGAUAAACAGUUGAGCUCGACUGUCUUUCUAUAGUUUUCAUAUCAUAUCGUCGCCUAUUAUGUUCUGGUUUAAUCACAUAACGUGUUUUUAAUCUUUGCUUCAUGGGGUGAUGCCCAUAUGAUGAACCGAUUUUGCAGCAAAAAUUAGUUACUAAGUAUAAAGUUUUUUCGUUAAUGCAUCGUAGUAUCAAUGUACCAUACUUCGUAGUUCACAAUCGUUCAUCUUUUCAUUACUCGUGUAUCAUGUUUAAUACCAAUACGAAUAUCAGCCACACAACAAUAGCCUUAUAUAAAAGUUUGUAUAUUUGUUAUUA